AUGCCUGAUAAAUUAUUGAGGCGUGACACUGCCUUCAUAGAGCAACCUUCCGCAUUUAGAUGCCCCACAUCACGUGCCCCGCUAGCUAACGAUAAGCAGCGACGAUUGCCGGUCUGCGAACCACAUCGAAUUCAACGCAAUUGUUCAUCCAUCACACUACCGGCUCAAAUCAUGGACUAG